AUGGUCUGCCUUCUCGCAAUCCUUUUAUACACAGGCCAAAAUCUGCGGCAAAAGGAUCGUUUUGUUAUCACGACCUCUGAGGACAAGUAUCCUUCUUACCGUAGCUACGAAGUUAAUUUUAGACAACCAUUUCCAGUGCCUAGCAAAGACUCUGGUAUUUACAGGACUUCGGUCAAUAUCGAUAGACCCGGUACUUAUAUAACGGUUUAUUGCUCGAACAAAGUGUCAAUUGAUGAUUUAUGGGGGUUUGUCGGCAAUGGCUUGACCAGCCUGCAGGGCCGACUCGAUGGAGGAUUUAGCAACGACGAUAAGUUGGAAAAUGAAUGCUUCAAUUACGUGAAGGAACUCUAUUUUGCAUCAACGGGAGAAGUUGCGAAAGGUGGAGUCCAAGUAACUGGGGAAGCAGAACCGCGCCCAUUGCAUGUUUCGCAUCUCAUCCAGUCGCACAAAUGUACGGAAAAACUUUUAAUCAGUCUAACCUACCAACAGAAAAUUUUAAGCGCCGAUUGGAACGGAUUCACAACGACAUACCUUAAUAAACGUCUUCCAAAAAUAUUAUUUGAUAAUCCGAUGGAAAUAGCGAAUGUAGUCUUAGACGGACAGUUUGUGAUAAAACAAAUCGAAGUAGGCUUUGAAGAGGCAUUGGCUUGGAGCCAAGGUCAAUUGCAAUACUUUGUGCGGGAUAAUCCCUUACGCCACUGGCGUGAGAUGACUGUGGUUGGUUAUGAGCCGUACACAGGAAUACUCAUAACAAGAUUCAUCCUAUCUAACAAUGCGCAAGUCAGAAAUUUUAUUAAUAAAUUCAAUACAUGUAAAUUUGACGAAAGGUGUACGUCCGAAUGUCUCGGGCUACGACAGAAAGCCUCUCUUGGAAUAAAAGCUUGCCGCGAAGUUAGAUACAGACAUAUACAAGACAAAGUGGAAAGACUUGUUCCGGUACCGGCCGACGGAAUUCUGUACGGUGUCAAGAUAUGUAAACCGACGGAAUGGCCAGAAGAUGGUUUCUCGUCUGAAAAGUUAGAGGAAUUUUUGGAAAAGUUGAGAAAAGAGUCAUGGUAA